GAAUGCAGAAACACUAAAUUUUUGGUACAAGAAAGAAAAGCAUAAAAAAACCGAAAAUGUUGGAGUUAAAAAGUUGUUCAACGAAAAAAGAAACAGCGAUCGGUGAAAAAAUUUAAACAAUAUAUUUUUAAGAAUUAUUUUAUUUAAUGUGUGUAGAUGAAGCAAGGAAAGUGUUUUUAAAUUAAAGAAGAUUUGGAAUAUAUCUUAAUACAAGGCUGAAAAAUCGGAUAAAAUAUUAAAGAAAGUUAUAUGAAUAAUUGAAAAAAUUGUGCUAAUUUCCUGGUAAAAUGCUUUAAUGUUUAAGAUUUUUUUGAUAAAUUAUCUAAAAUAAAAGGAACAACAUUUAUUAGAAUAUAGUAAAUAGAAGUGUGAAAGUAGAUGCGACACUGAACAGUUGAAUAAAGUACAACACGCCCAAAAAUCCAGUCAAGCAUUUCGUAUUCAACAGCAAACAAAUGUUAAAGAAAUAAAGAAAAAGCGAAAUUAAAAUUAUAGAAAACAACAUAAAUGUCUCUUUAAUAAAAUUGAUUAAUUAAUUAAUUUGCAAUACUGUUGAAGUAAAAAAGCAAUAAUAAAUUUUGUGUAAUAGUUUGGUAUCAAAAUGACUGAAGAACUGAAAGUGGUGUUGAGACGUAGCGAACACUCUGGCUUUGGAUUUUCUUUAUUGGGAACGACAGGUCCACCCCAUGUUAUAUUUGACAUUGUAGAAAAUUCACCAGCUGCGGAUUGUGGAGCGGUUGAAGCUGGUGAUGUAAUUUUAAAAGUGAAUGGAACCGAUGUACAUCGAUAUACAACGAAGGAAGUUUUAAAAUGUUUACGCUUAUCUGAUGAUCUCGUUACUUUGGAAUUAAGACGAGAUCCAAAAUUGAAAGCUCGUAUAAAGGAACAGUUAGCGAACACAACAAGUCCACAUUAUGUUGAAAUUGAAUCUCCAAAUAUAUAUGAAAGAUUGUCACCAAAUAACUCACAGGCAAUUAAUGAAUAUGAACUGCACAUCGAAAAUAUGAACACAAACAUAAGUCCAAAUGCUUCUUCUACGACGGUACGUUAUAAAUCACCAACAUCCUUGCCGACUAACCGCCCCACGAACCCUGCAAAUCAUAGUCGCAGCUCCUCUACUUCAUCUGCUAAUAUGCAAUUCGUUGAAACAAAUCAAUCUACAUCACCUACAUGUCGUCCUUCACGCAUUCCAACCGCUCUAAAAUGUCCACAAAAAUCACCAAUUCAACAUUCACCUCAACAUAAACGUCUACGACCUUCUCAAAUUCCAACAAAAGCUUUACAAACAUCUCCUGGAGCAAAUGGCAACGGUGCGUCAUCUGCAAAUACACAUAAUUUACAACAUUCUAAUAGUUAUAGUGGCAGUACUAAUAACACACAACAACAAGAACAAAAGGAACGAGAUACAGAACCAAUAUCUGCACCACCGCAGUUCGCUAAAGCACCUCGUUUUGAAGCGUAUAUGAUGACAGGUGAUUUAAUUUUAAAUUUAUCAAGAACUCCACAAACCAGCAAUAUACUAACCACUCAUGCCAAAAAGAUUGAUAGCUUACGAGAUUCUCCAAAUCGUGUUGGUAAAAGUUCUCGAACUAAUGGAGCCCUAGCACCACGUGCAUCUGGUGAAUCGUCUCCAACUUCUUCUUCAUCUGUUGAUUCUCCUACACAUACGACAAAUUCUGGAGAGUUAGCUAGUUUGCAAAAACAGCAAAAAAUAAAACAAAAGCAGCACAUAAGUCAGAAUAAGUUAUUACAGCAAAGGGAUAGCAUUAAUAAUAGCUACAAUAAUAGCAAUAGUGAAGGUGAUCGACCAUAUAGAAAAGAUUCUUUAACAAAUGAUACACUUUUGUUAUGCGAGGAUCUAGAAAAGGAUGAAGAUGAAGUAGGAGAUUUGUUGGAAGAAGAAAUACAUACUGAUAUUUUGUUGGAAGAAAAUAGUAUUCAUUGCCAUAACCAACGUCGCAUACGUUAUCGUCAGGGACGCAAUUGCAAAGAGAAUGAAUUUGAAGAAAUUGUUGGUGACAAUGAGGAGGAUCAAACUCAGUAUGAUAUUACGAAUAUUGAAACAUAUAACAGCGGAGGAAUUACUCAUAAUAUACACGAAGAAGCGAGCGAUAGACAUUGUCUUGUAGAUGCUUAUAAUGGCGAUGAAGAAUUAACAGAAAAUGUAGAUUUAACUACAAAUUCAUUUGCGUCUUUGUCAACUAAACAUCGUUUGCGAAAUUUAAAGCAAAAGGUGUAUCCAUUACGACAGAAAUUAGAUGAACACAAACGAGUAGGUAGCGAUUCUGUAGACUAUUCAAGGUCACCACAUUAUAGAACCCAUGGUUCGGGAUCUUCAUCAUCAUCGGCAACAGUAAAAAGUGAUGUGAUUAAUAUAAAUACAUCACAGGAUGAAACAUCCUUUUCAGUGCCCACAUCACCAAUUUCACUAUCUACACCGCUUUUAGAAAAAGAAACAUCAAAUUCAGUGCCCACAAGUCCGGAACCAUCUAGUUUAGGAGCUGUUGGUGGUGGAAAUCGAAUUAUGUGUACUGGUAUAACUGCAACACAUGAUACAAGUGGCGUAGUACGUCGACAUAAUGGUAUUGUACGGAAAUGUGACUCUGCCGGUUUUAGAACCAGUAAAUCUGAAGAUCAUUUGCAACAAAUACAACGUGAAGGAAUUGCUGCCGUGAUACCUAUUGAUAUUGACGAAGAUGUUAAUAGUUCUUUAAACACUCUUUUGGAUACACGGCAAGACUCAGAGGACUCACAGGACUCGAACCGCGAUCGUAUAGUUUGGACUUAUAAUGCUCCGCUUCCACCACAUCAAUUGAUACAUCAGCAGUAUGUAACACAUUACGGUCAGACGUCUUCACCAAAUUCCCAUUCAAGUUCUUUAAGCUCUUCACCACAAAAUUCGGCUGGAAGUCCAGCAUCGCCAACUUCAGUAUCCAGUAGCGUAAUGUCAUCUUCUGGUUCGAAGGGAGCAAUUGGAAUAAAUAGCAACUUAAAUGGCAAUCAUUUAUUACAACCACAAUUGCAACAACAGCAAGGUACGACAAAUACAAAUGGCAUAGCGACGAAUACUCCAACAUCAACAACUGGUACUUCACAAAUUGGUUUGUUACAAUGCCCUAUUAAUGGUGUUGGUGGUAAUAAUGUAGGCAUUGGUUUAGUUAGUGGUAUGAAUAGUAGUGGUGGUGGUUGUGGUGAUCAUAGUGUUUCCGAAGCAAUUUCAAAUAUUUCAAGUCCUGAUUAUCAAGACGAUGAUAAUUUAUUAAGUUCUCGCGAUCUUUUAGGCGGAAUGGUUCUUAGUGAUCCAAGUGAUUCAGACUCAACAAUUUUAGUAUCUGAUGCUGCCUUACAACGUCAACAACAGCAACAACAACAAAAAUUCCAACAAAAAUCACAGCAGUCGGAGCAUAGGUUAAUAAUACAAGUACGUGGCGUUGAUAGUAGUAAUAGUGCCUCCCCACGUUCAGUUUAUUCUGAGUUAAAAGACUCUGAGGAUGAAUUGGCUACACUUACUGAAGAACCACCGACUACAAUUUUGGCAACUGUUGGUGGCGGACAGAACGAUGUACGGGACCGGGACUCUUCACCUCCCGUUUCAGAUGAUGGCAGUGAUGUUGAAUCGUUACACUCAUAUCACUAUUCACCUAAGGCUGUAGAUAUGCCUUCUGCGAUAAGGUUGGCAAAGAGGCUAUAUUCUCUUGACGGAUUUAAAAAAAGCGAUGUAUCGCGCCAUUUAAGCAAAAACAACGAUUUUAGCCGGGCUGUAGCAGAUGAGUAUCUAAAAUACUUUAAUUUUGAAUAUAACACAUUAGAUCAAGCGUUGCGAGAGUUUUUGCAACAAUUUUCUCUUUCUGGUGAAACACAGGAACGAGAGCGAGUUUUGGUGCAUUUUUCAAAAAGAUUUUUAGAUUGCAAUCCACAAUCUUUUAAUUCCCAAGAUGCAGUCCAUACGUUGACUUGUGCAAUAAUGCUGUUAAACACUGAUUUGCACGGUCAAAACAUUGGAAGAAAAAUGACAUGUACAGAAUUCGUUGAUAAUUUAGCAGAGCUUAAUGAUGGCGAAAAUUUUCCCAAAGACGUAUUAAAACAUUUAUAUCAAGCAAUUAAAGCACAACCUUUACAGUGGGCAUUGGACGAUGACUCGCCUGACUUACAAAAGCAGCGCAAUGAGAUUAUUAGUUCUGGUAAUACUUGCUCUGUAGGACAAAAUCCAUUCCUAGACUUACCUGAGUCUUCAUCCGCUAUAGAGUAUAAAAAAGGUUAUGUCAUGCGCAAGUGUUGUUUUGAUUCCAAUUACAAGAAAACUCCAUUCGGAAAGCGUUCGUGGAAAAUGUUUUAUUGUACUCUAAGAGACUUAGUAUUAUUUUUACAUAAGGAUGAGCAUGGUUUCCGUAAAAAUCAAAUGUCAGAUAAUUUACAUAAUGCUAUUCGUAUUCACCAUGCAUUAGCGACUAAAGCGACAGAUUACACAAAAAAGCAACACGUAUUUCGUUUACAAACUGCUGAUCAAGCGGAGUAUUUAUUCCAGACUAGUGAUUCAAAAGAACUGCAAUCGUGGAUAGAAACAAUAAAUUUUGUUAGCGCAGCCUAUUCAGCUCCACCACUUGAGGGUGGUGUUGGUAGUCAAAAACGUUUUCAACGACCAUUACUGCCAAGUACACAUACAAAGUUUUUAUUGAAAGAACAGUUAGAAUCACAUGAACAACAGUUAGGACAAUUAGAAAAUGCUUUGACAGAACAUAAGAAAAGUCUUAUUCCAACUAAAGGAUUGCCUUUACAGAACUAUAAGGAAAAGGAAAACUAUUUACAAUAUGAAUUGCGACGUUACAAAACAUAUGUAACUAUACUCCAUACGAAAUUACUUACCGAUCAACAACAAAAUGAACUGCAAAUAUCAAGCGUCGAAGAGUUAGAUACUUUUCCAAUUGGUGGACGGCUUCAACAACAAGAACCAAAUGCAAAUAGUGUUAUAUUACAACAACAACAACAACAACAGCAGCAGCAGCAGCAACAACAACAAUCACAAUCAAAAAAUGCAAGCAGGUACAAUAAUCGUAAUACCAUUAAUCGUUCUGAGGCUGCUGCACAACAACAGCAGCAACAGGACCUUGGCUGACGUGUAAUGGGAGUUUUCUCAGCUUGUGUGAUUUAGUUU